CGACGUACACGAACAUAACUCUCUAUUCUUUGACAUAAUUCUCUCUUCUUUUCCCUUUUGAAACGCUACCGGAAACACUAUACGCCAAACCCAACGCUUGAGCUCUGAACUUCUCUCAGUGCCAUACCUCUAACACAACACUUCUCUCUCAGAUCUGCGGCGUGAAACACUGGAUCUUUCACUGUUUUCAUUUUCUUCUGACCAUCUUCAUUUAUUGCUCUUCCAACACAAGUCGAUGUGCACCCGGCCGAUCGAAGAUUUGCCGCAUGAAACUACGGAUGAAAUUACUUUUGUCUCAUGAAUGAGAAGUUGCUGUUUUAAGACUACUGUAUGAUUGCUAUCAUAGCGUUAUAGUGGUUGGAUUUGGAAGACAUGGGAAGAAGAGAAUUACUGGCUUAUCAGGAAUUCUUGGGGAACUAGCUAGCUAGAAUGGGGACUAUGGUGCGAGUGUAGCAUGACAUCUCUUCUCUUCUCGCCAUUUCGUUUCACUUUCACAUCCUCCAACUCUUGCUUUCCCUUCUCAAGCACUAGCCUUUCCUCUCCCCGCCGUGUCUGUACUCAGCCUUCGAACUCAAUGAGUGAAACCACCGUACCAGAGGACGGCGACGGUGUAAAGGCGGAUAAGUCUGACGUGCUCAUCCAGUACGUGGUGCUCCGGCGAGACCUGAUUGACACAUGGCCGCUCGGGAGCGUGGUGACACAGGCCUGCCAUGCCUCCGUUUGUGCUGUCUGGUCCCACAAGGACGAUCCUCACACCGUCGAGUAUUGUAGUCCCCAAAACAUUGAUUCUAUGCAUAAGGUCACUCUUGAGGUGAAAGGUGAGCCUCAGAUCUUGAACUUGUCAGAAAAGCUCACAGCUGGUGGCAUCACUCAUAAACUGUGGAUAGAACAACCUGAAAACAUUCCAACUUGCCUUGCUACCAGGCCCUAUCCCAAAUCUGUAGUAUCAUCAUUUUUCAAGAAGUUGAAACUCUGUAAGUGAGGAAACGCGCCUCUCCAAUGGGUUUGCUGGUGUCUUCCGCUUCCUCCGAUGCUCGCCGCAAUGUCUUUCGAUGUCCAUGCAUCGGCGCGUGGCAUGCACGCGACUGGGAGUUUGUCUCCCUUUCCCGCGCACGAUGACUUCGUUUAGCUCUCCAUCCUUCCCCCGCCACGGUUGUUGGUGGUACUUGGCCGCUUCUCUGUUCCACGCUGGAGAGACGUCUUCUGGUGGUGGCGUGUGGCCUUCACGCGCGGCCACUGGCAGACUCUUAGCUGAUUGUGUUUUUGAUUUAUCUGUUGUUUGUUUUUGUUACUUGGGUUCUUGUUUUCCUAUAGAGGAAACUACUGCUAUUGAGAUUGUGUUGGAUACUCUCUUAAUUGUAGUUCUUUUAUCGGACUUUUACAGUUUUAGUAAUCUUUUGGUGACUGUUGCUGGUUUCAAGUAGGAGUGCAGAUUGGUUUAUCCAAAUCUGUUAUCCUUUAGCUUUUCAAACCACUUUGUGCGGCCCUUUGAUAGGACUGGGUCAUUUGAAUGACCCAUUUCCUAAGCUAUGUAAUUAUCUCGGUGUUGUUUUAGUUUGGUUUGGGUAUACUGUUGGGGAGCCCACCCAUUUUUCAUUAUUAAGAUUGUCCACUUUUUCUUCCUUUUGGAUUAGAAGUGGAAAUAAUCUUCCCUUGUAACCUUUUUCUUUAUUCAAUUAAGAAAAAAAAGAAAAAGAAAAAACUAGCUAGAAUGGGAAUUCAAUGGA